UGGGAGAUCCGAGCUGUAGUCUCCCUGGCGGCUCAGCAGAGCUGCUGCAUCUGUGGCCAGAGAGGGGCCACCAUUUCCUGCUGUAGAAGAAACUGUGACCUGAGCUUCCACCUGCCCUGUGCCAAGCAGGGAGGCUGUGUCACCCAGUUCUGCAGACCAUUCAGGGCCUUCUGCCCCGCACACAGCCCAGAGCAGGCAGUGGAGGCGACUCCAGAGCCGGGCACCCAAUGCCUCAUCUGCAUGGAGCCUGUGGAGGACAGAAAGACCUUCAACACCCUGGUGUGCCCAGCCUGCAAAACCGCCUGGUUCCACAGGGCCUGCAUCCAAGGACAGGCUCUGCAUGCUGGUCGUAUCUCCUUCCAGUGCCCCCUCUGCAGAAAUGAUGAGGCAUUUAUAAGAGAUAUGUUCACCAUGGGGAUCCAAAUCCCCUUGAGACCACCAUCAUGGGAGGGCUUUAAUGCAUUCGAUGAGCUGGGAGACAGACACAGGCACUGUGAUGCCAGUGAGUGCCUUUUUCCAGGAGGCAGGCACGAGGCAGAGGAGGAGGGGCCCUGGCAAUUGCUCCUGUGCUCCUCCUGUGCUGCUGAGGGCACUCACAGACGCUGCUCUGGCCUGAGGAACAGCAUAACCAGAUGGGAAUGUGAUGGCUGUGCUGGUCUGGGCACAGGUAAAAGGCAAAGCACCCUGGUGACCGUGGGCACGGCAGUGGGUGCCCAGGGUGGGUUUGGCAGAGCCUGUCUGCUCCAGGAGGGCUGGAGGCACUGCUCUGGCCUAUCCUGGCCCAGGUCUGGGGUGGCCUUGACAUUCCUGCUUCCCCUCACAGGCUCCCGAGAUGAGUCAGAGCUUGCUGGUGUCAGUGUGGCCAGACAGUCAGGACUGGAGCCUUCUGACGGUUCCAGGGAACCCAGGACCAUCAGCCCCAACACAGGCAGCCUGGUGUUAUCAGGGUUGUCUCCCAGUUCUGCACCACUGGAGACCAUCAGCCCCAGUCCCAGUGUCCAGGUGCCAUCCCCUGGAUCUUCAGCACCACAGACCAGCAACCACCGUACCAACCUCCAGGCAACAUCGGAGCAGUCUCUGCAAUCUCCCUCACAGGAGACGAGCAGCUCCAGCCCUGACAGUCAGGCAACAUCGGGGUCAUCCCAGAGCAGCUUCCCAGCAACUGAGGACAGCAGCUGCUCCAGGAGUCGGGGGCCUGACCGCCGGCAAAACCACCCCCGUCGGCAACGUCGGGCCCAAAAUCCACACCUUCGGUCCAGAAGUCCCCUGGACAGGACUCAUGUGCCAGCACCAAGUCCUGGGAGGCGCAGGCCCUGGCAGAGACCAUCAGGGACAUCCCGCAGGCGAAACCGCUCCCGCCUGCAACGUCCGACCCCAAAUCCAUCCAGCCGGUCCAGAAGCCGCCGUGACAGGAGCCACGUGAGAGCACCCAGUGCUGGGAGGAGCAGCCGCAGCCACGAAACAUCAAGAACAUCCCACACCCAAAAUCGUUCCCGCCAACAACAUCAGGCCCCAGAUCCAUCCCGCCGGUCCAGAAGUCGCCGUGACAUAAACUGUGUGAGAGCACCAAGUGCUGGGAGCCGCAUCCCCAGCCAGGAAGCAUCAGGGACAUCCCGCAGGCGAAACCGCUCCCGCCUGCAACGUCCCACCCCAAAUCCAUCCGGCCGGUCCAGAAGUCCCCAUGGCAGGACCUGCACACCAGCACCAAGUACUGGGAGGCGAAACCCAAGGGAGACAGCUGCCAGGACUUCCCAAAGGCAACACCACUCCCGCCAGCAGCGUCGGACGCCGAACUCAUCCAGCAGAUCCAGAAGUCGCCACGACAGGAGCCGUGUUAGAGCACCAGGUGCUGCCAGGCGCACUCACCGGUGGGACGGUGAGACAGGGACCCACCGCUGACACGUCCCAUGUCACACAGGGAGGAGCAGGCCCCCAAAGGGAGAGAGCCAGCAUGCCUGCUGUGUCAGCCAUCAGAGGCUGACUCAGAUAUCUGCGGGGAAAAACUCCAGAGAUAUGGGCUCUGUGCCCAUGAGUUCUGCCUG